GAGAAAUGAAGUUUUGCCUUUGACUUCAGUAUUAAAUAGUUUUUUAUCAUUGUUUAGUGAAAAAUUCUCGAUUAGGCUACUUUCGUACCCUUUUUUUUAAGUUUUUGGAUAUCGUAAUUGAAUUUCCUGAAAAGAGUUCACCAUGGCUGAGUUCCCGAUGUGUGUGACGGAGUCGCAGCGUGAGUUGGCCCGGCUUACGGAGGAGGAGCACCAGACCGCUAUCCAGAAGGUCAAGGAGCGGAAGAAGGUUGCCAAGGCGGCAAAAAAUUCGAUUCCUGGUGGAGACCAGGCCGUAAUGCGCCACAAAAUGUGGCUGCAACACCGCGAACGGGUCAAGGAGGCGAUCAGCACGGUGGACGCCGCGCCUCCCACCUUCCAGGCUGCCCGCAUCACCGGGGUGAACAAUCUGCGGGACGAGGCGGUGAACUUCAUGAAGCGCACCAAAGCGAAUAUCCAACUGCUGGUGGAAAUCUCCCGGACGAUGCGCACCCACGGAGCCAUCAACCCGUUUCGAAAUGAGGGGGUGCACGCCGUCUCUGCCGUUCCUAUGAUCCUUCUCAGUCUGGAGAAAUUGGAGCAGGAGAACCGCGAGUUUGGCAAGCGUAUUGCGGAGGUGACCAGUGAGGUGGACUCGGGCCUGUCCGACCAGUUGGCUGGGGGCCGGAACACGGCAAAGCUGCCGCCCCUGGAAUUACCCGAGGCGGCCAUGGCCAAGUAUGAGGCCUUCAAUAUCGAGCUGCCCGAAUCGGACGCGGAGCUUCGCCGACUUUUCCGGCCGCGCAUAUACUUCGAGCUUUACCUAAAGGAUGCCCGGCCAUUGGGCCGCAUUGUGGUCCAGCUAUACACAGAAGCCUGUCCACUGGUUGUGCUUCAACUGAUCCGUUCCUGCAUGUGCAACCAGCACCAGAAGUUCCUGGUCAAGCGCCUCUUCCCUAACCUCUGGCUGGAAGCGGACCUGCAGCUCUCCCAGGAGUCGCUGCUCCAUCAGCCCCUGGAGUACGACGCCAAGGUGAUCGACCACGGAGAAUCCGGCUACGUGCUCUCCUUCAGCAAGGCCUACGUCAAGGGAUUCACUCAGCACUUGUCCUUUGCCAUCUCCUUCAAGCCCCUUAAUGUGGUUAACGGCUCCAGGGUAGGAUUCGGGCGAAUCGUGAAGGGCAGCAAGAUUUGCGAUUGCAUCCAGAGCUACGGCACUAAGAACGGCAAACUCAGCCGGGGUUUGGUCUUCACCAGCUGUGGACUUUUGUAAAUCGAGUGUUGACAAGCUCUAAAUUGUACAUGUAACAAAUCCGAGAAGUCCUUCCCGAGUACUCGUACUCGCACACACACACUAUCGUUUUUAAUGCCUCGAAUAAAGUUCCAAUUAUAUGUA